UGGGCUGUUCCCGCGGCCUGAGCUGACCCCACCUGGCCAACGAGGACCACGGCCCUCAGAAGAAAGCCAGCACCGCACCCGAGGCCGCCCUUGAGAACGUCCCCAGCUGAAGCUGUUUGCCUGCUGCUGGCUGGCUGUGACCUGUGCUCAGUUUGAUGCUGAGUUCCGUCGCUUUGCUAUGAAGCGCUCCAGCGCUGGCACCUUCCAGGACUUUUACAGCCUACUGCAGAGCGUGCAUCAGAUCCCCCGCGUGGAUGUGCUGCUGGGCUACACUGACGUCCACGGCGACCUGCUGCCCAUCAACAACGAUGACAACUACCACAAGGCCCUGUCCUCCGCCAACCCCCUUCUCAGGGUCAUCAUCCAGAAAAAAGCAGAAUCAGACACCGCCAUCUUCGCCUCCAACUCAUUGCAGAGGAAGAAGAAGGGACUGCUGCGCCCAGCGCACUGCCGGGCCAAACCUCACCUCCUCAUCGGCAUGCCCCAGGACUUCCGCCAGAUCUCCUCCAUCAUCGACGUGGACAUCCUGCCCGAGACGCACCGCCGCGUGCGGCUCCACAAGCACGGCUCCGACAAGCCGCUGGGCUUCUACAUCCGCGACGGCGUCAGCGUGCGCGUGGCCCCGCAGGGCGUCGAGAAAGUGCCCGGCAUCUUCAUCUCCCGCCUGGUGAAGGGCGGCCUGGCGGAGAGCACGGGGCUGCUGGCGGUGAGCGACGAGAUCCUGGAGGUCAACGGCAUCGACGUGGCCGGCAAGUCUCUGGACCAGGUGACGGACAUGAUGGUGGCCAACAGCCACAACCUCAUCAUCACCGUCAAGCCGGCCAACCAGCGCAACAAUGUCAUCCGGAGCAGCAAAGCCUCGGGCAGCUCGGGGGUGUCCACAGACAGCACCCCGAGCCAGCAGACCCCCAGCCCGGCCUCGCAGUACCUCAGCAACUACAGCACAGCCGAGAGCGACGAGGAGGGCGACCUGGUCAUCGAGAGCGACGGCCCGCCUCAUUACGGCCCCGUGGGCUGCCCCAAUGGGGGCCCUGCUGACGGACCCCUCCCGCCCAGCCUGUCCCCACACAGCUCGCAGGGCUCCCUGCAGUCCCUGGGCAGCCACGAUGGCAGCCCCGGCCGGGGCAGCGUGCGGGAGGACGGCACCCUGCUCACCCUAUAGCCGGACUGCUUGUGGGCACCAGAGCCAUGGGGCUGCCCCUGCCCUGUCCUUGCCCUGGGGUCUGCUCCUGCCGGGCACUGCCCAUCUGAGCCCCUCACCUCCCUUCUUCCACCCACGUGGGUUUUUUAAUUAUUUUAUCAAAGUGUGCAUCAUCAAGUAAUA